AUGGAUCAUCCACUACAACCGUCGGAUCAACGGAGACUACGUAUGAGUCAUCCACUUCAACCGUCGGAACAUCGGAGAGUACAGAUUGGUCAUCUGAUUCCACCGUUGUGUCACAUGAUAGUACAGAUGGGUCAUCCACUUCAACCGUCGGAACAUCGGAGAGUACAGAUGUAUCAUCCAGUUCAACCAUCGGAACAUCGGAAAGUGCAGAUGCGUCAUUCACUGCAACCGUCGGAACAUCGGAGAGUACAGAUAGAUCAUCCACUACAACCGUCGGAACAUCGGAAAGUACAGAUGCGUCAUCCACUACAACCGUCGGAACAUCGGAGAGUACAGAUGCGUCAUCCACUACAACCGUCGGAACAUCGCAGAGUACCAAUGGAUUAUCAUCUACAACUGAUGGAACAUGGAAUAUCAUCUACAACUAGUGGACCGUCUGUGACCACAGAUGGAUUGUCAUCUACAACAUCUGGAACUUCUGUGACUACAGAUGGAGUAUCAUCUACAACUGGUGGAUAUCAUCUACAACUGGUGGAACAUGGAGUAUCAUCUACAAUUGGUGGAUCGUCUGUGACUACAGAUGGAGUAUCAUCUACAAUGGAGUAUCAUCUACAAUUGGUGGAUCAUGGAAUAUCAUCUACAACUAGUGGACCGUCUGUGACCACAGAUGGAUUGUCAUCUACAACAUCUGGAACUUCUGUGACUACAGAUGGAGUAUCAUCUAUGGAGUAUCAUCUACAAUUGGUGGAUCAUGGAGUAUCAUCUACAACUGGUGGAUCGUCUGCGACUACAGAUGGAGUAUCAUCUACAACUGGUGGAACGUCUGUGACUACAGAUGGAGUAUCAUCUACAACUGGUGGGACGUCUGUGACUACAGAUGGAGUAUCAUCUACAACAGGUGGAACGUCUGCGACUACAGAUGGAGUAUCAUCUACUACUGAUGGAACGUCUACGUCUGUGACUACAUAUGGAGUAUCAUCUACAACAGGUGGAACGUCUGUGACUAUGGAGUAUCAUCUACAACUGGUAGAACAUGGAGUAUCAUCUACAACUGGUAGGACGUCUCUGGCCACAGAUGGAAUAUCAUCUACAGCUGAUGGAGUAUCAUCUACAACUGGUAGGACGUCUCUGGCCACAGAUGGAAUAUCAUCUACAGCUGGUGGAACAUCUGCGACUACAGAUGGAGUAUCAUCUACAAUGGAGUAUCAUCUUCAACUGGUGGACCAUGGAGUAUCAUCUUCAACUGGUGGGACGUCUGUGACUACAGAUGGAGUAUCAUCUACAACUGGUGGGACGUCUGUGACUACAGAUGGAGUAUCAUCUACAACUGGUGGAACAUUUGUGACUACAGAUGGAGUAUCAUCUACAACUGGUGGAUCGUCUCUGGCCACAAAUAGAAUAUCAUCUACAACUGGUGGGACAUCUCUGACUACAGACGGAACAUCCUUGUCAACCGUCGCUACAUCGUUGAACACAGAUGGAACAUCAUCUGCAGGCGCUGGAACAGCUUUGUCGACAGAUGGAAUACCAAUCACAACUUCUCAAACAUCUGUGACGUCACUUGAAACGCCAACGUCUGAGUCUGCACUUUCAAAGCAGCUUACCGUCAACUUUGAUAGUGGCGUGAUGUCAGUGUAUUUACGUAUACAAAUAUUUAUGUACGUUUUACCUACAAGUGUUGUGGUGCUUUUAUUUUACUUAUGA